AUGGUCAUAUUCAUCUGUGCCACUGUGAUAUGGUUCUGGUUAACUUCAGCGCCAGUCUUGAGACCGAAGAGCGCCGCCUGGACUCUCGCAGCAGAGAUACUGGAUAUACUUGAUGCUGUUGUGGAUGGAUAUGUACACCCUUCUAUGAAUUCAUCCGUGCAAGCAGAAGAGAGCUUUUUGGCCCGCCUCCUCGAGCAAGACACAGCUGCUCAACAACUCCUACGACGUUUCUCCGACCUCUCUCAAAUUGAUUCAUGCUUCUCGUCACAUAGUGCUAUUGAAGCGACUUCUGCACCGCCUGUCAUGCCAUUUACUGUGCCCACUUCUCAUAUCUACAACGUGUCUGGUUCUCGCAUCAAGCCCAUCUCGUGUCUGUGCUCUUCUCUUGCAGGAAAGAGACUGACAAUGGUAGGUGGCGAUCAUGUGCACCGCUUCCACAACCUUCUCCUUGAACACCAGAGGAGAUUCGAAGGGAAACGCUUUCCAUGCCUCGGGAAGGAGUUCUGUACCCACCAUCAUCUGUGCUCACGGGCCACCCGCAACAAUCCCGUCCUUAAAGAGGAGCUUUCACGCUAUAUCCGUUCGCCAUCCACCGAAGAGCUUGUGCAAACUGGUUCAUCAUUGGUCAAUUACGUUCUGUCGGAUACUCUUCUUACCUUGCCCGACCCAGAGGCGCCAGAAUAUUCCGUACCGUAUAUCCACCCCUUCAGUGGCGUAAGGUCUCGCGAAACGUAUUGGCUAGCUUCAGCGAGGAAAGCAGACAUCCUUAUACUGGGAAGGGGACCGUUUAGCGCACCGCCCUCGACGUACACAGGGAACUGGUCAUUCCUUUCAGAUGUUCCAACUUACACAAGGAGUUAUCAUGUGAACCCUUUGUUUGCAUCACCGAUACCAAAACCCCUUCAGAUCGUGGAUGCUGCAGUGCAUGCUACUCUUUCAGUCUUUCUCCCUGAAAUCCAACACACGCUAGACGCACUCCGCGCCAACGGAUGCCUUGACAGAAAAAAGAAAGUUAUUUGGUUGGUCAGCCAGCCGCGACUUCCUGAGAAGGGCCACGGUCAGACAAACGCUCUUCGCACACAUUUACUUCCCAGAGGACAAGGCGAGCCAUCUCCGGGCGACCCGAAAGCAGUUCUCCUUCGCCACCUUGCAGUGCUAUCGACUGACGAGCGCCCAAAAGAUUCAUGGACACUUUACUACAACGUCCAAGUCUACUUACAAGACCGUCUUCUUCGUCAAGUUCUGCCACGCUUCGGAGUUCCCCUCUUGCAGUUAGGGACACGCCUCGUCGAAGCUGGCCCUGGUGUUGCCGGCCCUUAG